AUGUCCACCAAACCCCUCGCGAUCAUAGCCGGUGCCGGCACCGGAACUGGUGUAUCUAUCGCCCACCGCUUCUCCAGGGCCUACAACGUCAUAAUUCUCUCUAGGUCGUCCGCUUCCAUUGACCCAGUAAUCUCAGCUGUGGAGGCUAGCGGCGGGGCAGCAUACGGUAUUCCAACGGACGUAUCCUCAGAGGCAAGCGUAACAGCAGCAUUCAAAGCUAUCAAAGCCAAGUACCCAGGGUCUCCGACAGCCGCCGCGGUGUUUAAUGCAGGGUCUUGGAACCGAGCACCGUUCCUCGAGACAGCACUAGAUGAUUGGGAAAGGGUCUUGGGGAUUCAAGGGUGCGUUAAAUUAGGAUGCAACCGCACGUUUUCCUGUCUUCAUCAGGAUGCUAACACCAGAGCCCUGUAACGCGUGGCGCCGGUAGUCGGGGAGCAUUCUUGUUCUCAAAGGCUACCAUCCCACUUCUCCUCGAGUCGAAGCACCUGGAGUAUCCGCCUACGCUCAUAUUCACCGGAGCUACGGCUUCGGUGAAAGCUUCAGCUAAUUUCACCGCUUUUGCAGCGGGGAAAUGGGCCACCAGAGCGCUUAGCCAAGGUCUUGCAAAGGAGUUCGGCCCUCAGGGCGUGCAUGUUUCCCACGCUAUCAUUGAUGGAAUUAUUGACGUUCCGGGGACGAAGGAAUGGACUUUUGACGAUGAGGAUGCGAAGAUUAGCCCUGACGCUGUGAGUCUGGUCUCACCAAAUAUACGGGAUAGAAGAGGAGAGCUGACGGUCGGCCAUGGCAAGAUUGCGGAUGCGUACUGGCAUCUCCACACACAGCCCAGGACGACGUUCACCUGGGAGUUGGAUGUCAGGCCUUAUGUAGAGAAGUGGUGA